AUGUACCCUCGAGGCUACGGCAUAUGGCCUUCAGGAGAUUUUUCUCCGCGUUAUGGGACAGUGCAUUCUGCAAUCAAUGGGGGUGUGGAGUCGUGUGAUUUGGUGCCUGGCUCUGAUGCCUCGGGAGGGCCGAGGCCUGACCUCUGGAGCGAAGAAGUCGACCGGGAAGUGGCGGCGGCGGAGACGUGUGUCACUCUCCCAGGGACGUUGGGGGAGUCGAAGGUGACGUCUGAGGAGACUUUCGUCCAGGAAGCUUCAACAGGAUGGUUAUUAUUUGCAAUGUGUGAUCAACGGAUUUUUUGGAUGAGGAAAGAUGAAGUAGAAAAUAAAACAUCAUUAAACCAGAAAUGGGAGGAUCGUCCCACGAAAAACACUAAAAGAAAGAGAGAAGAAGAAGAAGAGGAGACUGAGGCCAGCACUAGUACAAAAGUGAGUAAAAAGCGAAGAGAAGAUUAUGAAGAGAGUAAUUAUCACCUGAAAACAUUGAAUAAAAGAAAGAGACAAGAAGAAGAGGAGACUGAGGCCAGCACUAGUACAAAAGUGAGUAAAAAGCGAAGAGAAGAUUAUGAAGAGAGUAAUUAUCACCUGAAAACAUUGAAUAAAAGAAAGAGACAAGAAGAAGAGGAGACUGAGGCGAACACUAGUACAAAAGUGAGUAAAAAGCGAAGAGAAGAUGAUGGAGAGAGUAAUUAUCACCUGAAAACAAUGAAUAAAAGUAAGAGAGAAGAAGAGGAGACUGAGGCCAGCACUAGUACAAAAGUGAGUAAAAAGCGAAGAGAAGAUGAUGAAAGUAAUUAUCACCUGAAAACAUUGAAUAAAAGAAAGAGAGAAGAAGAAGAAGAGGAGACUGAGGUCAGCACUAGUACAAAAGUGAGUAUAAAGCGAAGAGAAGAUGAUGAAGAGAGUAAUUAUCACAUGAAAACAUUGAAUAAAAGAAAGAGACAAGAAGAAGAAGAGGAGACUGAGGCGAACACUAGUACAAAAGUGAGUAAAAAGCGAAGAGAAGAUGAUGGAGAGAAUAAUUAUGAAGGUGAUAACGAUGAGUAGGAUAGGGACAAAAGGUUAAAAGUAGUUGAGAUAAAGGAUAACACGUAAGAAGAAAAUCAAAUAAAAUAUCAGGACAAUGCUAGUCAAACUCCCCAUAUACUGAUCAAAUAACUAGAGGAAUUUUGUUAAUUACAUAAUAUAAAAAUAUUUCCUCGCGAAAAAAUUCAUGAAUGGUUGAAGAGUGAGUCUACAUACGUUAUAGGAGAAGGAAGGGUUGGAAAAUGUUGGCUGGUGGUUGACGGCGAGUAAUAAUUAGUAGUGAAGAGAAUAAAAUCUGCAUUGUUCUAUGGAGAAUUUUGUAAUGAAGUGACGUAACUACAAAAUGUACAAGGAAUUACCGGUGUUUAGUAGUUGUUGGGAGUUAAUGUG